AUGUAUAGUUUAGUCAACUCAAAUUUUAGUCGAAAUUAUAAUCCCAGUAGUCGACAAAACGCUUUGUGUGAUAUAAAACGACUCUUGACAUCAAGGGACACGGAAUCUCAAAAUAAAUCUUGUGGUUAUUUAAUCGAAGUUAUAAGAAGGUAUGACUGCAAUUCCAAUGAAAGAACUCGAAUGAUCGAAUAUUUAUUAGACAACGAUAUUACUGUAUUUCUUUGUGAAGCAACAUCAAAUUUAGAUUUUUUACUUCUCCGGUCUGUACUACAAUGUAUUCGCUUGCUCUGGCGUGAACAGCGCUUCUUUGAAGAGGAGCAUGCAAGUCAUGCCUUGACUGCAGUAGUGAGAGCACUUGUACAUUAUUCAGCCAUUGAUGCUUCAACUGCUGUCGACACAUGUUUACACUUUAUUUGUGAUCUGUUAAAUGGUAUCAGGUCUCAUAAAACAACAUCAACGCUCUCCCAUCAAAGUGCCUACAACAUAGAACAACUCCUCGCUUGCCUUUUCAACUUAGGAAGUCGUAUAUGUAACAAGCCUAACGCUAUACUCAGUAGCGCUUUAGUGCUCAAUGCCCUAAUAUCAUAUCAACCAAAUGAAUUAGACCUUAAAGGUAGCGUAGCCAAAGUGUUGGUAGAGACUUUGGACAAAUGGUUCCAAUUGCUAAUGUCAGGGCUAAAUCAUAUAGUUCUGGUUGGACAAAGCGAUUUAGGAAUGUUGUUGGUGAUCACUUGUCAACUAGGAAUUGAUACGAUGAGGCUUAUAAAUGUAUUCGAAAAAAGCAAAGAGCCAAUAGACUUCAUUCAUAAAAUAUUAGAAGACGAACAGGAUGUAGCGAUGUUAAAAGAAUGUUCCACAAAAAUAAGAAAUUCCAUUUAUAGUGUAAUGAAAGAGCUCGCAGUUUUUGUAAAGGAAAAUCAAAAUCGUAUAGACACGGAGGAAUACGGAGUAUUUUUAAAGUUUCUGUUAAAUUUCAUGUAUGAAUAUACAAGGACAGACAUUUUAUCGGAAUUUUGUGACAUUCUAUUUUCUAAGGGCUACCUAAUAUCACUACCAGAAUCACAAUCAAUCAGAAAUGAUGCAAAUGUUCGGAAGAUUAGCAUUAUGGUCCUUGGGGAAAUGCUGAAAGUUUUAGCCGAGAAAUAUUUAUCUGUAACGGACAGCACUAAUCCUGAGACAUGCGUUAAAGAUAUUAAUAUGGGCUUAGUAGAAUUGCAAUACGGAAUUGAGAAACCACAUAACAUUGGAAUACAAUUACAGAAACAUCAGUCUUACAGCUUGUUAAUUUAUGUUUAUUUUUACUGUCAAUCAUCAGAGAAUCCUGAGGAGUCAACAGCGCUUUUGCUUCCGUAUUUAGUAGAAUAUAUUUUGCGUAUUCCUAAAACUAUAAAACCGCCGGGAUACGUUAUUAAAGCCUUAUGGCUUAUUUUUGCAAUGUCAACAGUAUCAAAUGGCACCUUGGAUUCUUUAGAUCAAAGAGUUUAUUUAGAGAAAGCUACAGAUCGUUUAGUAGGCAUGUUGUAUCCAGAACCCGCAAUUUAUUAUACUCACAAUCCAGCCAUUCUGUUUUGGGCUUUUACGUCUUCUCGUAUCUCCAAUAAAGUCAGGUUACAUAUUCUAACAGAAUGGUUCAAAAUAGAAAAUUCUCUACCAGGCGACAUAACUCAGGGAUCAGUGAUAUGGGAAUUACUUCUUAACGUUAUAACGCAAUGCAAAGACACUACAAUUAUAACUAACUGUAUGGAAGCUCUAAAUGUUUGUUUAGAAGAAGGGGAUGAAAGUAUCAAAGAGGAAUUUGCUUUAUUAAUUUGGUCCUUGCUACCUGGUGUUUUGUCCAAGGCAUUGAUAGAUUGUGACGAUGAAUUUGAUAUAAAUAUCUGCUAUGUUUUGGACAUAGCAACGAUACGGCUACCAGAAGAAAUGGAUCCGUCAAUCUGCUUGAAAGUGGCUGUUCUCAUAACAACUUUAUAUUCGAAGAACAUUCCAGAAUCACAUAAUAUGGAGUCGAGAUAUCACUAUGAAUAUGUGUGUUUGAAGUUGUGCUUGUUACUUUUAGGAGUAUCAAGAAAUCAAAGUGAAAAUAAGAUAUUGAUCACAUUUAUGAACCGAUCCGGUUUCCUUCCGAGUGUGCUAGCAACAACAAAUAGUUCUGAUGACGGAGUCGCGUGCAUCGCUCUACAACUACUUUCAUAUAUUGUCUAUUGCUUCACAAAGAAUAAAUAUCAGCCAAAAUCGGUAAUUGAAAUGCAAACAGCUUUGGUAAUAAAAUCCCUUCGUCAAGACAGUGACAACAAACGUGGUUCGUCUCUCAUGCAAUUGAUUUAUAUGAUUCUGAACUCCAGUUCUAAUACACCAUUAAUUUUAACUUACGAUUUGAAGGAACAUCCUUCACAAUAUCAACAGUGCUAUGCGUUAAGAGCGCUCAUGUUCAGAAUACAAUUAAUGCUUUGUUCUCGUGAUCCCAACAUUCAUUCACCAGCAGCUUGGAAAACUUUAAGUUCCAUUUACAAACAUGCAAUUGUUUACAAAAACGAUAUAAAACUGAUCGCAACACUGACAUCCCAACCUUGGACACACGCACUCAUACGUUUCCAAUUCACACAAAAUAUAACACAAGAGUUCAUCACGUUUACGCAAAACUGGCUGACUUUGCUAAAGAUAACAAUUAAAAAAGGCAGAGAAUUAAAAAAGCAACAUAUCUCGAAGCACAGCUUAAUAAUGAAAACAUUGAUGAUCUUAAAGAAUAAUUUAAACGGUGAUGAACAUAAGGAAUCUAGCGAAAAUUUGCUAAGCACUGUUCGAGAAACUUUAGAAGAAUGUAAAAGUAGAGAAUAA